GGAAAAAAGCUUCAAAGCAAGUGAUGGACUUCACGUUUUACUUCGGCUCUUGUAAUGGAACAAUGGUUACAAUGAGAUGUCAUCACAAGAAAUGUCAACCUCAGUACUAGGCUUUUGUUAUCAGAAAGAAUGUGUGCCACUAUCAUCAUGCGAUAACCGUUACUAUACUAAUGCUAACAAAAAGGAAGUGAUAAGAAUGCAUCACUGUGACUAGAAUUUCUUUCACGAUGGUAUAUAUUGAUCCAAGCAGUUUGGCAUUCCUCAACGAAUUAAUCAACCAUUCACAAAAAUUCAACCUCCUGAAUGCAUCAUGCAACGGAAGCGGUAAUGAUACGUGCAUGGAAGUUUCAUCGUCUUCGGAUUUCGAAUCAGAGAAAGUUUUCUGGGCUCUUUUACUCAUACCACUCCCCCUAGUGGCUGUGGUAGGAAACAUUCUCGUCAUACUUAGUGUAUACAAGGAGAAAUCAUUACAAACUGUGACCAAUUACUUCAUAGUCAGCCUAGCUUUUGCAGAUCUUUUAGUGGCAGCGGUUGUGAUGCCGUUUGCUGUAUAUGUGUUGGUGAAUGUCGACUGGGAGUUAAGUGACACAUUGUGUGAUUUCUACAUUGCAGUGGACGUAACAUGCAGUACAGCUUCCAUUUUUAAUUUAGUUGCCAUAAGCAUUGAUAG